GUGCGGUAGCCGGGAAAGCCGCUGAACGGUGCUGCUGCCGCGCCUCAGUCCCCAUGGCGCUGUGGCGCGGCUCCGCGUACGCGGGCUUUCUGGCACUGGCUGUUGGCUGCGUCUUCUUGCUGGAGCCGCAGUUGCCGGGGUCGGCGCUUCGUUCUCUGUGGAGUUCGCUGCAGCUGGGGCCCGUGCCCCCGGGACCUGGCUCCCCCGAGAGCCGGUUGGCGGCCGCCUGGGAUGCGCUUAUCGUGCGGCCAGCCCGGCGCUGGCGCCGCGUGGCUGUGGGAGUCAAUGCCUGUGUGGAUGUCGUGCUCUCAGGGGUGAAGCUCUUGCAGGCCCUUGGCCUGAGUCCUGGGGAUGGGAAAGACCAUACCGUUCUGCAUUCAAGGACUGAUCUGGAAGAGACCUUCAUUCACUUCAUGGGAAAGGGAGCAGCUGCAGAGCGCUUCUUCAGCGAUAAGGAAGCCUUCCACGCCAUUGCCCAGGUGGCCUCAGAGUUCCCAGGAGCUCAGCACUAUGUAGGAGGAAAUGCAGCUUUAAUUGGACAGAAAUUUGCAACCAACCCAGAUUUAAAGGUUCUUCUUUGUGGUCCAGUUGGUCCAAAGCUGCAUGAACUUCUUGAUGACAAUGUAUUUGUUCCACCAGAGUCAUUGCAGGAAGUGGAUGAAUUCCACCUCAUUUUAGAGUACCAAGCAGGGGAGGAGUGGGGCCAGUUAAAAGCUCCCCAUGCCAACCGAUUCAUCUUCUCCCACGACCUCUCCAACGGGGCCAUGAAUAUGCUGGAGGUGUUUGUGUCUAGCCUGGAGGAGUUUCAGCCAGACCUGGUGGUUCUCUCUGGAUUGCACAUGAUGGAGGGACAAAGCAAGGAGCUCCAGAGGAAGAGACUCAUUGAGGUCGUGGCCUCCAUUUCUGACAUCCCAACUGGCAUUCCCAUUCAUCUGGAGCUGGCCAGUAUGACCAACAGGGAGCUCAUGAGCAGCAUUGUGCAUCAGCAGGUCUUUCCUGCUGUGACUUCCCUUGGAUUGAAUGAACAGGAGCUGUUAUUUCUCAGCCAGUCAGCAUCUGGACCUCACUCUUCACUUUCUUCCUGGAAUGGUGUUCCUGAUGUAGGCAUGGUCAGUGACAUCCUCUUUUGGAUCUUAAAAGAACAUGGGUGGAGUAAGAACAGAGCCUCAGACCUCACCAGGAUCCAUUUCCACACACUGGUCUACCACAUCCUGGCAACUGUGGAUGGGCACUGGGCCAACCAGCUGGCGGCCGUGGCUGCAGGGGCACGCGUGGCUGGGACUCAGGCCUGCUCAACAGAAACCAUCGACACCAGCCGAGUGUCGUUGAGGGCACCCCAAGAGUUCCUGACUUCCCACUCAGAAGCAGGCUCCAGAGUCAUAUUUAACCCCAACGAACCAGUAGUAGAAUGGCACAGAGAGGGAAUAUCCUUCCAUUUCACCCCAGUGUUGGUGUGUAAAGAUCCUGUUCGAACUGUGGGCCUUGGUGAUGCCAUUUCUGCCGAAGGACUCUUCUACUCAGAAAUACACCCUCACUAUUAGGAAGGUUGCUGUGAGUAAUUCUUCUGAGGAAACUAAAGAAUUCAACUUAAUUCUUUUGUGAGGAAACACGAAUUAUAGGAAUUAAGUGAGUUAGAGAACAGUACUGAGGGUAUCAGCAAUUUUUAGAUCUAACUGAAAGAUAGCCAAAGAAACAUCUACAGAUUAAACUGUAUCAGACACAUUCCAGCCUAUUGACUAUUACAGAGAAACAUUUCAGGUUUUGAUCAAAAUUUAGCUAUCUACUAACAAGACUGGAGUUAGUUUUUUUUUUUUUAAUGUUGUGCGUUACAGGGGCAAAAAUUUGAUUCCCAAAUCCCUACUUUAUGCAGCAUCCUCAGAUAUUUUAGGUCACAUUUCUUCACCCGAAGAGCCUGUCAGCUGGAGACUGCAUUUACUUCUCACCCACAUCAGAAGCACACAAUCACAUCACUCAGCUCAGUGUGAGGUCCCGUGCUCGCUCUCUCAGUUGCGUGCUCACAACCAGGAUCACGAGUCCCGUUCAGUGUUAAUACGAAAUAUUUGAUGAGCACAUGAUCUCAGUCUCCUCUGAGGACAGUGCCAAACUUAGGACAGUGCCACAAGCAAGGAAAAAGUUCAUUCCUGCACUAAACACCCACAGUAGGGACUGUGGCGUUUUUGUGGCGAUUGCCCAAGCUGUAGUGAGUGGCCUGGCCUUCUGGCCUAUGCACUGAAGGACUGCGCCUUCCGCCCUGCUCCGGACCUGCUUUCUGCUGUAGAAGACUCAUCUGCAUUCUUUCUGAUCCUUGAAGGAAUUUGCUUUUACAACUGGAAUAUGCUUGUGUGUAUAACAGGUCAUGUGUGUUUACAUUGACACACCAAUCCAUUAAAGAAUUUGACCUCAUAAGAGCCCCGGGAUCAUGAAUAAUUGUGUCAUGUUAUGUAUUUAUUUUUUUAUAAAUCAAGGAGACCUCUGUGUGCUUUUAAAAUGUAUUUAAAAAUUUUUACAUUUCAGGAAUCCUGUCUAUUUGCAGUUAAUUUUGUUUCCACCACCGCUCUGGAGCCAGAUAAAAUAAAUCAUUCAGAGGUUGGCUUCUGAA